UGUGUGUGUGUGGGGGCAUAUGGAGUAGGUCACUCUCUGGAGUCAGGGCGAAGCAAACUGGAGAAAUAUAUAUAUAUUUAUAUAUAUAACAAGUCAUUGCCAUGAAAGUUGAACAGGAUUUUGAACAUGGGGAAACGUCUGAAAACUCGAGCCAAAUGCUACUUAACCAGCUCAGAGAGAUUACUGGCAUUCAGGAUCUGCAGGUUCUCCAGAGCGCCCUGAACGCAAGUCAGGGUGACAUCACCCAUGCCAUUGGGCUUCUGACCAGCCAGCCCACAGAGGAGGAGCACAUGCCCGAAGAACCCACUAAAGCCAACAAUGAGAGGAACACCUCCAAUGCACAGAGUGGUUCUGCUAAAGACGAUCUGCAGACCGCCAUUGAGCUCAGUCUCCAGGAGUCACAGCAGGCUGAAGCAGAGCGCAGAGAGCUGCACAGGGCUCUUGAGGCUAGUGCAGAAGAGAAUGCGGCCCGCAUGAAAAGGAAGAGGUGUGAGGCAUCUGGAGAGAGCUGCAGCCCCGCUGACUGGAUCCGACAGGAGGACUGUCCUGUGGGCAUCCGUAAUGUAGGAAAUACCUGCUGGUUCAGUGCUGUCAUUCAGUCUCUAUUCCAUCUGCCGGUCUUCCGUAGACUGGUGCUCAACUACUGCCUGUCUGAACGUGUGCUGGAGAAAUGCAAGAGUCAUUCAGAGAAAAGAAACAUUGCCUUCAUGCAGGAGUUGCGUUGCCUGUUUGCUCUGAUGGUGGGCUCAAACCGUAGGUUUGUAGACCCCUCUGCAGCAGUCGAGCUUCUCAGGGAUGCGUUCAGAACCAGUGAGGCACAACAGGAUGUCAGUGAAUUCACACACAAGUUGCUUGACUGGCUCGAAGACGCGUUCCAGCUGGCUGCUAACGGAACUAACCCAGAAGAUAAACAAAACAACCCAAUGGUCCAGCUGUUUUAUGGUACAUUUGUGGCUGAAAGACUUCAUGAAGGAAAGAUUGUGUCCAACAUUGAGCAAUUUGGACAAUACCCUCUGCAAGUGAACGGCUUCAACAAUUUAGACGAAUGUUUGGAGGGCGCCAUGGUUGAAGGAGAGAUUGAAUCCCUUCAUUCAGAUCAGACGAUCUCCUCUGGCCAGGAGAGGUGGUUCUCCAAGCUGCCACCUGUGUUGACCUUUGAACUGUCCAGAUUUGAGUUCAAUCAGUCAUUAGGGCGACCAGAAAAAAUACACAAAAAACUGGAGUUUCCCCAAGUGAUCUAUAUGGACAGAUACCUUCAUAAAAAUGUUGAUCAGACUCAUGGUAGAAGAGGAGAGGUCAAGAGACUUAAGUACCAGUUAACAGUUCUGCAGCAGAAACUUGAGGGUUAUAAAAACUAUGGCUCAGGGCCAACCAAAUACCCCCUGGCAGACAUGUUGCAGUAUGUGCUGGAGUUUGCCACCACGAAACCCACAAAUGUGUCUCCAACGUCGCCAGUACCUGCAAACCCUCCCGUACACACAGAACCCAGCUCAGGUGACAGCAGUCAGACAGAACCAGAUGAUGCUGGCUCAUCAGAUGGUUCGGGCUGCCCACAGACAGCCACACAGAGAACUCCCAUACACAAGCCUUUUACUCAGUGCAGACACCCCAUGGAGAUGCCGCUGCAACCAGCCCCCCACAGCGUGACCGAGGAGGAGCUGUACUUCGUCAAGGGCUGCUUACAGCGCUGGAGAGCAGAAGUUGAGAACACCAUAAACGAGCUGAAAGCCAGCAUUGACAAGGUCAGCCAGGCCCUGGAGGGCAUGUACUCAGAUAACAGUCUGUGUCAGGUGCCCUACAGACUACACGCUGUGCUCGUCCAUGAGGGACAGGCCUCCGCUGGCCAUUAUUGGGCGUACAUCUAUGACCAUGCUCACAAACGCUGGCUGAAGUACAACGACGUAAUGGUGACAGAGUCGACCUGGGAAGAGCUUGUUCGAGACUCGUACGGUGGCAUGACCAACGCAAGCGCCUACUGCCUCAUGUACAUCAAUGACAAGCUACCAUACCUCAUAGCAGAAGACACAGAUGUUGAGACAGGGCAGGUUCUGAAAGGAAUGGACCCCCUGCCGGCUAUCCUGAAGCGCUAUGUUCGGGAGGAUAACCGCUGGUUCCAGCAGGAGCUGAGAGAAUGGGAAGAACAGUUCUGCCAAGCCCAACGUGAAGAAGCACAAGUUCAAACACACACUUCCACCAACACAGAGGAACAUGUCCCAGAAGAGCCACAAAACCUAGUGCAGGAACCUGCCCAACAACAAACAAAUGAAGUGUCUGAAGAACCACCUCCAGAUUCAACACCAACACCUGCCAAGGAAAGUGAAGAGCCAAUGGCCAAUGCCAAUUCAGCAGCUCUCAGCUCCAUGUCCUCAGAGCCCAGUGAGAAUGUGGGAGAGGGAAGUGAAGAGGAUGUCACCAGCAUCCAGACACAUGGCCAGCCAGAUGAACAGAAGCCAGAUCAGAGUCAACAGCCUGUGGUGGAUUCAGCCUCUAAAGAGAGGUCAGAGGUUGAGGUGGAGGAGCAGGUCGUCAGUGAUGAGGCAGAACCAGACAGCCAGACAGAGCCAGAGGCCUCGUCCACAGAGGAGAACCCAGCUACGGCCACGCGCGGGCAGCCUGAGAAUGAAGUUUCUGAGGUGGAGAUACCCAAUGUAGGCAGGAUUCUGGUGCGCUCUGAUGCAGAUGGCUACAAUGAAGAGAUGAUGCUAACACCAGCCAUGCAGGGUGUCAUUUUUGCCAUUGCCAAGGCAAGACAAGUUUUUGACAAAGAUGGACCUGAAGCAGGACUCAUCAAGGCGUUCCAUGAAGAAUAUUCCAGAUUGUAUGAGCUGUCCCAGGAAGAGACCACACCCCAGCAAGACCAUCGACUCCAGCAUGUGCUAGUUUACUUUUUCCAAAACCAGGCCCCUAACCGUGUCAUUGAGAGGACAUUGCUGGAGCAGUUUGCGGACCGCAACCUGAGUUUUGAUGAUCGGGCCAUCGGUAUCAUGAGAGAGGCAAGAUCUAAACUUCGUCUCAUUAAACCAGAAGAUAUGGACAUGGAUGAGUACUUGCAAUGGCAGGAUGACUACAGCAUGUUCAAGACAGUGUUUGCCUACCUGUUGACAGGUCUCGAACAGUAUCAGAAUGGAAAGACAAGAGAAGCUCUGAAUUAUCUCGCACAUGCACACCAGGACAACUCAGCCCUGCUUAGGAAAGGAGAGAAGAAAGGAGUGGAUCAGUCGCUUAUAGCACUUUACAGGAGAAAGUGUCUCAAAGAGCUGAAUGAGAACGGAGCCACACUCUUUAAAAGUCAAGAUGAAAAUAACGUGGCGGAGGCAGUGACCAUCAUGAACGAGUGUGUCAUCCCUUGCAUGCACCUCAUGGUCAGGGACAGUGUCAGCCAAGAGGAUUUGGAUGUCAUAGAGCUGAUCAGAAAUUGCUGGUGCUCCUACCUGGGGCAGGACAUGGAUGAUUCUCUUCAGGAUAAGCUCAGUGAAUUCCUGCCUAGAGUCCUGGACUGUUCUGCAGAAAUGGUGGUGCUGAAGGAGCCCCCCAAAGUGAGGAACUCCCCCCAUGAUCUGUGCAGCCGUCUGUCUGCCGUCAUGGAGUCCAUUCACAGCACCUCAGUCGUCAUCGUGAAGUGAAGUGGGACAUGACAUUAUGUGAGGCAAGGUUGAAUAAAAAAAUAGCACGGUACAGUCACAAAGUGAUCUAACCUCUCUCUUAGACUGAGCUGGGUUUCAUUUUUGCUGCACAAUGACGCUUUCUGUUUCGCACGGCACACAUAUUCACUGCGUUCUGAAUUCCUUGAAGGGAGAUUGAUUGGCUGCUCUUGGGCUUUGUAGACGUUUGAUCUCAGGAAAGAUCAAAUAGAUGACAUUUUGUAAAGCUAGGUUUGAUGAGAGGGUAGUGAAGUUAGUGUACGUUUUUACCUUGUUCUUCUUUUCACGUGAACUGUAGACAUAUAGCGUGAAAAUAGGAUUUUAUAGAGAUCUGCUGAAGCCACUUUAUUUCAGUCUAUGCUUAACAUCCUCUUAUGUAUUCUUUCUUUGUACAGUAAAGUUGUCUGAUUUUCCACUCCUUCGUCCUACCCCUCUGCUACGUUUCAAUAAAAUUUUUGAUUUCUCACUUU